GAUUACUUGAGGGACGAGGUUGCUUCACGGUUAUGUGAGCGCAUCUUGGUAAAGCCGUCUUGACGUGUCUACGCCAACGGGCAGCUGCUAAGACAUGCAGGAUAUUAAACGGCAUUUCCCCAAAGUCCUCGAUCUCGGUGCAAACGCAUGCAAUCUGCCCCGAGCGCUUACAAUGCCGUCUGAAGAUGCUCCAGACAAAGGCCCGCGUUCCAGCCGUGUGGGCAGCAUUGUAGCCGCAGACACGUCCCGAUCGCUGCUGUACCGAGAUGCAGACUUGCCCUUCAACAAAGAAAUCGACAUUGUGCGAGAGGUCCUCCACACAGCAGAGCUUUUGCCCUAUGAGGCAAACACUUUUGAUGCUGUCCUGAGCAACCUUAGUCUGCAUUGGAUUAACGACUUGCCCUCGGUCUUGGCCCAGGUCAACAAUAUACUGAAGCCCGACUGUCCUUUUAUCGCCGUCAUGAUGGGCGGAGACAGUCUUUAUGAGCUGCGCACAUCGCUGCAAUUAGCAGAUCUCGAUCGAAGAGGUGGUGUCUCAACUCAUGUUUCGCCUUUGGCAGAUGUAAAAGACGUCGGUGGCUUGUUGCAAAAAGCCGGCUUCAACCUUCUCACCGUCGAUGUCGACGAUAUUGUUGUCGACUACCCCGACACUUUCUCGUUGAUGAAGGAUCUGCAAGCCAUGGGCGAGUCGAAUGCAGUCUUGGCCAGAGAAAAGGGUGCGAUACAUCGCGAUGUACUACUUGCAGCCGAGGGAAUCUACAGGGAACUCCAUGGCAAUGAGGAUGGAACCCUACCCGCUACUUUUAGGUUAAUCUACAUGAUUGGCUGGAAGCACAGUCCGAAUCAAGCAAAGCCGCUUGAGAGGGGGACAGGCUUGUUCAGCAUUAAGGACUAUCUGGAGAAGAAUGGAUCUGGCCAAGGUAAAGAGUAGGAGUUUGUACAGUGUCGCCGAUAUUUCCUAAAUCCCAAAAUUUUCUUUGCUCGCCUGAGGAGCAAUGGCUUUGAUGGACCAGCCCCAAGCAGAGCAGCUGGCUGUCUCAAGAUACACACACACCGAGGAGUUGAUAUGAUCAUUCACGAGCAACUGAGAAGUUGUAAAAAGGCUAGAUAGCG